AUCUUCGGGAGGAAGAGAGAGAGAGAGAGACAGAGGCGAGAUGGGGAGGGAGGUCUCAGAGAGCUGCGUUGAUAGCCUACUCACAGAAAUGGUGUCAUCGUACUGCGAUCGGUUCUACGCUAAUAAGCCCGAACUCGCCGCCCGUCGGAUCGAGGCCAUUGGCUUCCAGGUCGGCCACCAGCUCUCCGAACGAUAUACCAUGGAGCGGCCUCGAUUCAGUGAUAAUCUUGAGGCAAUCAAGUUUAUCUGCAAGGACUUCUGGUCGGAGCUUUUCAAGAAGCAAAUAGACAACUUAAAGACCAAUCAUAAAGGUACCUUUGUGUUGCAAGAUAAUCGGUUUCGUUGGCUUGCACGCAUGUCAAUUGAUCCAUCAUCUGAAGAUGGAGAUUUAUCUCAAGAUAAUUCUGCGCCUGUGACUGAAAACAAGGCAACACAGGCUACAAGCAUGCAUCUGUAUUUCCCAUGUGGAAUUAUAAGGGGGGCUCUUUCAAAUUUGGGAAUUCCUUGUGCAGUUUCUGCGGAUAUAUCUAGCCUUCCUGCAUGUUCAUUUGUAGUUCGCAUAAAGGCCUGAAGAGCGUUUAAAUGCUCUGGGUUAAGACUGCAGUUUGAAGUAAAUUAGGAAAUGUGAUGUCCCCCCUUUCCCUUUUGUUGCACAGUUGCAUGACAUAUAGACUUCUCUGUGUCGCAUUCAACUCGGGAUUAUUUAGGAGGAAACUCCGUUUGUCUGUAUGUCUUGAAAUUCUGGAAGUUCACUGUAAUAUAAGGCGAUCUUCUUGCUUCAGAAUGAAAGUAGCCUCAAGGCCCUCGACAAGGUCUCAGAAACUGGAUUGUUGAUAUGAUCUUAUAAAAUCACCUAAACCGAAUA